AUGUUUCAUUCUUUGCUUCCAGGUCACACUGUGCAGCCCAUCGUCACAGUCCCAGCUCCAAUCGACUUAACAAAUGACAUUAAUUACAAUGUGACGUUCAUUGUUAGUCUGCCAAUUGAAGAAAUUCAAAGAAACCGUUCAGAGACAUCAACCAUCAUUGCAGCUGAGAUCAUAGACCUGUUCGAAAACAGCAGUAUCAAUGAAACAUUCUUAUCAUGUGUUGUAGAAUCAUUCAGAGCGGAAAUGGUUAACAGCUCCAGAGUGACAGCUAAUUGUUCAUUCCAAAACGUGUCCACCAUGGAACCCAUCAACCGAGAAAAGGUUUAUGAUGUAUUUAGCGAGAAGACCCAUUACAUUUCCUCACUGGGGUCAUACUUACUGCAAAGCAACAGCCUCUAUGUAAACGAUUUCACUGUACAGCCCAAUGUCAAUGAGCCACCAAUUGUUCCUGAACAAAAUAAACCAGACAAUCAAGAGAAUCCAGGUCACACUGUGCAGCCCAUCGUCACAGUUCCAGCUCCAAUCGACUUAACAAAUGACAUUAAUUACAACAUGACGUUCAUUGUUAGUCUGCCAUUUGAAGAAAUUAAAAGAAACCCUUCAGAAACAUCAACCAUCUUUGCAGUUGAGAUCAUAGCCCUGUUCGAAAACAGCAUAAUCAAUGCAACAUUUUUAACAUGUGUUGUAGAAUCAUUCAGAGCGGAAAUGGUUAACAGCUCCAGAGUGACAGCUAAUUGUUCAUUCCAAAACGUGUCCACCAUGGAACCCAUCAACCGAGAAAAGGUUUAUGCUGUAUUUAGCGAGAAGACCAAUGGCAUUUCCUCACUGGGGCCAUACUUACUGCAAAGCUACAGCCUCUAUGUAAACGGUCACACUGUGCAGCCCAUCGUCACGGUUCCAGCUCCAAUCGACUUAACGAAUGACAUUAAUUACAACAUGACGUUCAUUGUUAGUCUUCCAAUUGAAGAAAUUCAAAGAAACCCUUCAGAAACAUCAACCAUCUUUGCAGUUGAGAUCAUAGCCCUGUUCGAAAACAGCAUAAUCAAUGCAACAUUCUUAACAUGUGUUGUAGAAUCAUUCAGAGCGGAAAUGGUUAACAGCUCCAGAGUGACAGCUAAUUGUUCAUUCCAAAACGUGUCCACCAUGGAACCCAUCAACCGAGAAAAGGUUUAUGCUGUAUUUAGCGAGAAGACCAAUGGCAUUUCCUCACUGGGGCCAUACUUACUGCAAAGCUACAGCCUCUAUGUAAACGAUUUCACUGUACAGCCCAAUGUCAAUGAGCCACCAAUUGUUCCUGAAGAAAAUAAGCCAAGCAAUCAAGAGAAUCCAGGUCACACUGUGCAGCCCAUCGUCACGGUCCCAGCUCCAAUCGACUUAACAAAUGCCAUUAAUUACAACGUGACGUUCAUUGUUAGUCUGCCAAUUGAAGAAAUUCAAAGAAAUCCUUCAGAGACAUCAACCAUCAUUGCAGCUGAGAUCAUAGACCUGUUCAAAAACAGCAGUAUCAAUGAAACAUUCUUAACAUGUGUUGUAGAAUCAUUCAGUGCGGAAAUGUUUACCAGCACCAGAGUGACAGCUAAUUGUUCAUUCCAAAACGUGUCCUCCAUGGAACCCAUCAACCGAGAAAAGGUUUAUGCUGUAUUUAGUGAGAAGACCAAAAACAUUUCCUCACUGGGGCCAUACGUACUGCAAAGCUACAGCCUCUAUGUAAAUGAUUACAACGAAUCACCUUCAAGGAAUGCACCAAUUGCAACUCAAACACCGGUUGAGUUUAAUGUGACUUUCAUUGUAACAAAUUUGCCAUUCAGUGCAUUAUUGCAUGAGAAAACAUCCCCCUUAUAUCAAUCAGCAUCGGCAAUUAUUACAGGAGAGCUGAACACUUUGCUUAGGAACAGCGAAAUCAAGGCACAGUUUGAUAACUGUGAAACAAAGUCUCUAAGUGUUCUAGGUCAAAAUACCCAAGUGUAUGCAAUCUGUACCUUCAACAAUUCUGCCACCAGGCCAAUUGAUAGAGUUACUGUGUAUCGACAAAUCAGUUACAACACAGACAGCAUUACUAAAUUGGGACCUUAUCUUCUGGACAGCAACAGUCUCUAUGUUGACGACUACAAUGAAUUAACACCUCCAUCCCCACCAAUUGCAAAGCAAACAUCGAAUGAGUUUAAUGUGACUUUCAUUUUAACAAAUUUGCCAUUCAUGGGAUUAUUGCAUGAGAAAACAUCCCCCUUAUAUCAAUCAGCAUCGGCAAUUAUUACAGGAGAGCUGAAUACUUUGUUUAGGAACAGCGAAAUCAAGGCACAGUUUGAUAACUGUGAAACAAAGUCUCUAAGUGCUCUAGGUCAAAAUACCCAAGUGUAUGCAAUCUGUACCUUCAACAGUUCUGCCACCAGGACAAUUGAUAGAGUUACUGUGUAUCGACAAAUCAGUUACAACACAAACGUCAUAACUACAUUGGGACCUUAUCUUCUGGACAGCAACAGUCUCUAUGUUGAUGACUACAAUGAAUCAACACCAUCUGAACCAAUUGGAAAAGUAAUUCCUGGGUUUAAUGUGACAUUCAUUUUAACAAGUCUGACCUACACUGCAGCUUUUAAUGACCCCUCAUCACUGUUGUACCAAUCGGCAUCGGAAUCUAUUAUUUGGAAGCUCAAAAACCAUUUCGAGAACAGUGAUAUAGCGUCAGCAUUUACAGGCUGCAAAGUAAUUACUUUGAGUGCUGCAAAUAAUAAGGGGACUGGCGUGUAUGCUAUUUGUUCCUUCAACAAUACUUCUGCAGCAGAGAAUGUGGACAGAGUUAUUGUGUACCGCCAGUUCAGUUACACCACACGGAACAUCACCAAACUUGGACAAUAUCUUCUGGAUCCUAAUAGUCUCUAUGUAAACGGUUACCACAAAUCAAAUGAGCCAAAUGAUUCUCCAAAUAGAAGUCAAUUUCCUACUCUAUUUAACAUGACCUUUACUGUAACGAAUUUGCCCUACGUUAAUGCAUUUGAUACCCGGACAUCGUUUUUGUACCAAUCAGCUGUGCUAACAAUUACUCAUCAGCUCACUACCUUGUUUAAUAACAGUGAUAUAACUUCAGCAUUUAUUGCCUGCAACACGAGGUCCUUAAGCACUGCAAGCAUGAUGAUGACCAAAGUGUAUGCUCUUUGCUCCUUCAAUUCCAUUUCUACAGAGAAUGAGGACAGAAUUAUCAUAUACCAUCAGUUCCGUUACAACACACGGAACAUCACUAUUUUCGGAGCAUAUUCCCUGGAUAACAACAGUCUCUAUGUAAAUGACUAUCAUGAAUCAGCUUAUCCACUCACUACAUCUCAACAACCAGGUCAGAAAACUCUGUGCUUUGAUGUGCCUGUUAUCAUCACCAACCUACCAUUCAGUUCAGUUCUACUUGACCCAACCUCGUCAGUGUAUCAGUCGGCUUCAGCUCUGGUCAUUUAUCAGCUCAAUGCCAUCUUCCGUAACAGCAAAAUAAAUGCUCGAUUUUUAGAAUGUUCAAACAUCCUCUUAAGCGUGACAAACGAGGGCUUUGUGAAAGCACUUGCCGACUGCUUUUUCAAGAAUUAUUCUCAGCAGAUUGACAAUGUUAUUGUGGAGCAGGGAUUCAGAGACGGAACAAAUAAAACAUCCAGCACUGCAACUUAUGAAUUUAACACCAAUAAUGUUCAGAUAACUGGCUGCGAGGAAGCAAAAUCUACCAUCACAGCUGCUGCACCAGGACAGCCUCCAACAAUAGCUUCAGCACGCCAACGGGACCUCCCCUUUCAAAUUAACUUCACAAUAGUAAACGUCAACUUUACAGACCAACUCCAAAUUUUAAAUUCUUCUGAAUAUAUAAACCUAACAACCAAUAUCAUAGCAAGGCUUCAAGAUCUUUUUACAAACAGUGAUCUAAGCGAAUGCUAUAAAUUUUGCAAUGUUUCGAAUUUAAGCUCAGGAUCAGUGAAAGUUUCCACUUCGUGCUACUUUGACCCUUUUAAACAAAAUACAGUAAUCACUUCAGAAUUAAUCAAAUCAAAUUUUGAUAUUGGAACAAAUGGAUCAAUGCAGCUUGGUGAAUUUCAACUAAAAUCUGGCAGUGUAAUUGUGGCCGGCAAACCACCUGGACCUUUGAAUGGAAGUGAAUUGCCAUAUUGGGCCAUCAUAGUUAUAGUAUUGGCCAUUCUGCUGGCUUUGUUUCUCCUUGUCAUUUUGAGCUCUUUGAUUACAUUGUGCGUUAAGAAGAAGUUUCAUGGCUUCUACGACAUGUUACAAAAUCCUUUUGGAAUCUACUAUUCUCAUCUGGAUGGAAAGUAGUAGUUCUGGCACUUGAAAGUUAAUCUUUCGAAUAUGAUCAUGUUAUAUUUAAGAAUGUAUGUAAUAAAAGUUUGUUGCAGCAAAUAUGCAAACAGAGAUGUUUUAUAUAUUUAUGAGUAAAUCACCUUGAACAGCAACUUAUUGUAUGCCAAAGAUUGUAUUCUUCCUUGAUUUUUUCUGAGAAUCUAAUGCCUGUCUCUUGUGCAUAUACAUCCACUUCCUUCCUGAAAAAAAAAUAGAACCAAUUUUAGAUCUUUUUUCAAAGAGUGCAAAUGUCUUUCAUCCUUCACAGUAUCAAAUAUAAAUGAUCUACUGUUGUUUAAUUUGAUUAGCCAAGGGAUGCUAUUUAUGUAUCCACUCGGUCUACUGUUACACAUAAGUAAGGAGAAUAUUUAAUACUUGUAGUUAUAAAGGCAAUAAAGUUUGUAUUCUGAAAUUAACCUGUCUACAAAAGUAAUUUUUGUAAUUAGAAAAUGGUUUAAAUUUCAUCUCAUAUUACCACUUUUCACCAGCUUCACAGAAGUAUUAGUGUCACUGCCAACCCAGGUCAGUCGAUUCCACUUUGUCUCUUGCUCAUUACCUUCACCUCAGGCUUGGUCCCACCACCACCAAUAACCUAGCUACCAGCCAAAGGAAUUCAUCAGGUCCCAUCUGGCUAGUGCCCCCAAUUCAUCCAUUUUAUAUCAAUGAGGCUCAAUGCUGAAUCGACCGCACACAGCUUAUGGAUUCUUCAUCAAUUCGAUGAUCAGUUUGGAUAUUGAAUUCUGUUUCCCAAUGUGCUCAUACAAAGGAGCAGGCACAUUAAACAUGUGUUUGUUGACAACAUUCUAAUGAAAAAGGCAUCCACUUUUUAAAAUCUUCAAAUAAUCUGCACUUCAUUUCCUCAUAUACCUGCAUUUUAAUGUAAAGAUUAUGUCUGCGACUCCAUUGUUGCAUUAUAUAUUUAUAACAAAUUGGAGGGAUGAUUCUGAAGUUUACUGUUGCCCUUGGAGAGUACUCAAAAUAAAUACACCAAAAAAAAAUGGGCAUAAUGUUUUAAAUUACAGAAUCAGCCCUCAGAAAAUCAAAAGUGUGUUAGUUUGGAAAAUCUAAUAGAAGAAAUAAUUUUACAUAGCUGCUAUGUAUCAUAAUUUAUAAUUAUUAAUUUAAUAUACUGUUUUACUUUAUUAUGUGAACAUGGUGAGAUUUCCUAACCCAAUAAAAGACAUCUAUGUUUUAA